UAAGCUCAGCAUCAGUGGAAAAAAAUGGCUGUGGCCGAGCGGGCGGAAAACGGCACGCAGACGCGGACGCGGACGGCUCGGCUCGCUUAGACGGGUAGGAGGGGGAAGGCGUGACAGGCCUCGUCCGUCCGCGCGCUCCUUGCAGCAGGGUGGCGAAAUUGUUGUUUUUUUUUAAAAUGAGCGGCGACGGAAACGUUGACAGGUCGUCUCCCUCAUCUGACGGGGGGACUCGCUACAAUGUAGGUCCAUUAUCUGGGAGUACGAGUAACGGUAAGAUUGUAACAGUUAUAGGAACCUCCUGGCUGAAAACAAAAGAGAAAACUUGCCUGGAUGAAAUAAAGCUAUGGAUUUCAAUACUGUAACGGGCACAGGAAACAAUCAGACGUCAUUCGAACUUAUUAAUAGAAACUAUUCUUCACAAUUGUGAAAUAAGUGGGAGUCCAUCUGUAACUCAGAAAAAGGGCCCCUUUUCAUCAUAAACCUUUCUCUCAUAUCGGUCCCCUCUCCUUUUGGAUGGAGAGUGGGGGCAGUGGACGAACAGGAGGAAGUAGCAGUGGUCGAAGUACACGUUCAGUAGGGAGUAUCAUCGGACGGACUUUAGAUUCAAGCCGAGGUGAUCUGAGUAGCUCCAGAGGAAGCAGUAGCAUUACCUCACCCUUUGGGCGAAGUUCCUCUGUCAGCAGUGGUGGGAUCAUUGUUGCCGCUCCUGGUGCUGGAAGUGUGGCCCCUGCACCCCCAUGUGCAAGUGAAUGGGAAAUGUUCCAAUUUGGAAAAUACAACUUGGACAUUAUAGAGAUGUUAAGUGGGCACCAGGCCCACCAGUUCAAAGGCCUUGGUCUAGAUCGACAACUACAGCAUCAACAACAAGUGCAACUUCACCAGCAUCAGCUCCAGCAGCAGCAGCAGCAGCAGGCUGAAUCUUCUGGAGCGCUUCUCUCUGGGCUGGGCUUGGGCCCUUUACAGGGGUCUAGAAGUAACGCCUUCUCUGAUUCUGCCUCCAUUUUUGCCAAAAUGAGUGCCCCUCCUCCCCCACCUCUGCAACAGCAGCCCUCAUCGUCGCAGAGCUCUCGCUCAAAGUCGAGCAAGAUGAAUAGCAGCAGCAGCUCUAGUCAUGCUUCGGGCUACCCACAGUUUCUGCGUUCCUUCCACCCAUCUGAGGCUGCAUUAGCACAGGAGCAGCUGCACCCAGGUGUAGGCCGCUUCGAGCACUUUGCUGGGGGCAGUAGCAGUGGUGGGAGUGGUGGGGGGUUGGGAGGGUUAGUAACAUCUGCACCUCCUCCUCCUCCUCCUCCUCUGCAUCCAGGUCUCUCUGUCCCUCAAGCCUCCCCUGGCCCCUCCUCUUCAUCGCCUUCACCCUCUAGCUCUGUGGCCAAUUCUAACAACCCCUCUAGUAGUAGCGCAGUAAGCUCACUAGGCCAUCAGCUCGUUGGGGCCCAGUCUGAUGCAAGGAGUCUUCACCAACAGUUCAGUUGCAUGCUGGCCGCUAAUCAGUAUUUCCUCUCUGGGGUGCCUACAAACGCUAGCCUAGAGCAGUUUCUAGUUCAACAGGGAACUCACAACCACUUGGGGAUUGGUUUAAGUCAAACAGGGGGGGAUACUAGUUCUAGCCUCGCUCCACCCCCAGCUUUGCAUUCUUCUCACUCGCAUGGCCACUCCACCCCACAGCCACAGCAGCCCCCACAGCAGCCCCCACAGCAACAGCAGUUGCCCUCCCACACUCUCUCUCAUCCCCAUUCUCAUUCUCAUCCCCAUCACCCUCUACACCCCGGCUCGCAGCCCUCUUCCUUGGGUAGUUUCGAUUUCCAGGGCAUCCCUGUUCUUUCGUCUAAUCAGAUAGCUUCCCUAAUGCAACAGGAAGCAGGAUUGCCCCUUCCUUUGCCGCUUCAAUUAUCCUUGUCAAAAGAAGAUGGAAAAGGGGAGGGUAGUGCAGGUGGAAGCAGCAACAGUAGCAGUAGCAGCAGGAGGAAGAAAGCGAUGGCAGGCUAUUUGCCUCAGAGAAAAUCUGAAAGCAGCGCUAAUAGCAGCAGCAGCCAUGGUCAUGGCAGCCACAGUGGCAACCCUAGUACAAGCAGUAGUGGAGGAGGGCUUAGCCACAGUCAACCCCCUGCUUUAAUUGGGGGCGAGGUUGGCAUGUCAAGAGGAAUAGGAGGUGACCCGUCAUCGCUCCUUGCAUCGUCAUCUUCAUCCUCCUCAGUAGUCUCUUCCUCCUCCUCCUCUGCUCCUUCAUCCACUGCUGCCUCAGUGCUAGUUACUAAUGAUUCUCACCUUUCUAAACCUGAUAACCAGAGUUCCAUGCAACCCAACCCCACACAGCCUGACACGGAGUCCGUCUAUAACUGCGGAGAGUGUAACAAAAGCUUCAGUCAUCUGUCGAGCCUUCGCAGGCAUUUGCGCAUGCACGAGCCGACAGCAGCAGGCACAAGCAAUUCUGCCACAACCGGCCCAAACCCAGUUCACAUUAAAACACAGUCUGACCCAAGCCUUCCCCACUCCACCCAAGAACCUUCUCAGCCCCCAUCCAAUUCCUGUGCUAGCCCAGAUAAAAUCUUCCAUUGUUCUGACUGUGGUAAAGGCUUUAAGAAAAAGGGGCACCUGCUCCAACAUGGCGUUAUACACUCUUCAGCCCGUCCAUACGGUUGUUCCACCUGCUCUCGGGCUUUCAACCGUAGAGAGUCACUGACACGCCAUGAGAAGAUUCAUGAGGAAAAACCAUUCAGAUGUCCAGCCUGUGGUCGUGCCUUUCGCGAGAGCACGUCUCUACUCAACCAUGCUGCCUCAGGCACUUGUGGCAAGCCAGGCUACCAUGACGACCACCGUUCUCAAGGUAACCCAUCUCCGUGUUACUCUGGUGCCUCACCCUGUGGAAGUGGGAUGACGGGCCCAGCUCUGAGAAAAGCGCCUUUGGCUCCAACGCUGCACCCUCACCCACAGAGUCAAAGCCAACACCACCAUCAGCAGCAACAGCAACAGCCUCAUCUGCCCCUAUCCUCGCUCCUUGAUGACUCCGAAGAUGAUGUCACUAGUUCUGUGAACAAUGCUAUUUCUGCCAUAACGGCAGCUGGUAGCAGUGGGAACAGGGAUGAUAGAGGGGACAUCAUCGGGGGUCUAUUGGGGGGUCUUGGCUUAGGUCCUCUGGGGUCCCCGUCAUCAACAUCUGGAAUGGAUAAGAACUUCCGAGGUGCGGGGAACCAGGAGGGCAUGAGCAGUAACACUCAAAACCCGAACGGCAAGGCUAAACGUCCCCGCAAGCCUAGAGCUAAGAAAAAUCCUGAGGCGGGCGGGCAGCCACCAAAGCGCAGACAGUACACCCCUAGAGCUCAGCCCGGUGGGCUCCCUCGUCCUUACCUCUGCAGUGUCUGUGGCAAAGGAUUCGCUCGCCGUGAGACGUUACGAAGACACGACCGCAUCCAUACAGGAGAAAAGUCCCAUCACUGCUCUGUUUGUGGAAAAUAUUUCCGAGAGGCCUUUCACCUCAGCAAACAUCAAACAGUUCACUCUGGGGCAAAGAAUUACAAAUGCAGCAUCUGCGGGAAAGAGUUUGGCUAUUCCCAGAGCCUUAGACGGCACAGUAAACUCCAUCAGAAGGGGGAGCUGGAAGAGGUACCCACAACACCAGCCGGUGAGAACCUCAACAACAGCUUUAACCCAAACCCUCAAUGUAGUGUAGCCCAGGAGAGGAGCGACAGCCAGUCAAACGCUUCUUCCUAUUACUCCUAUCCUCAAGACGUGAAGCCUCAAGGGUCUGACCCCCAACCCCAACCCCAACCCCAGCCCCCGCCCCAGCCCCCGCCCCCGCCCCCGCCCCGGCUUUACACCUGUGCUAUAUGUUGGAAGUCGUUUCGCCAUCACUUCCAUCUGACUGCCCAUCACCAGACAGUUCAUGAAGGUGGAGUUGAAAAGCUCUUCUGCUGUGAGGUGUGCGGAAAAGCCUUUGCUUACUCCAACAGCCUCACACGACACAGGCAGUCGCAGCAUGGUCUGACUCGCGCAGAACAGCCUAAUCCGCAAGAGGGUAACAGUGGCUCAGGAGACAACAGAGGUGGGGGGGACAUUAGUCAGUCUACAUCUGAGAGUGAGGCUGCCACCAAUGCCCUGUUACAGAUGGCUCCAUCCACUGAAGGUCAUGUAGGGCCGGGUCAUAGUGUAGUCACUCAUAGUCACCAACAGGCUCCCCCACAGCCACCAGCUGGUUACUCUCCCCUCUUUUAUGACGCUACGGCAGCUCAGUCUUCAGCAUCUAAUGCCCCGCCUUACUCUCAGCCCUUGCCCCCAAACUCCACAAUCAUGCCUCCUCAACACCAGCAUUCACCCCCAGGGGUGAAAGGGGAGCAUAUUUAUCCGGCGGGCUCCCGCAGUCAUACACUUCACAGCACAGCCCCUUUCCAGCCCCUUACAGAGCUGCCUUCCACUGAACACCAUCAUCUCCAUCAUCAUCUGUUGCAUCAUCACCAUCACCACCAUCAUCACCACCAGAUGAGUAGCCAGUCCCACCAACACUGCGACCCGAACGUCCAGCCAGUCAACAAUGAAUUAAGGCCCAAGAAGAAAAAAAAAAAGUCUGAGAGGAGAGAACAGAGGAGGAACAAAUGGGAAUCCUCAGGUUCGGUUAGAGUCGAUAGGAGAAAAAGGAAGAGAAUGUUCAAGUCAUUUCUAAAGAGUCAGUCGAUUAGAAAAACGCGAGGCUCUCUCCUGUUGAAGAUUAGGCGAGGCGGGGGGCCAGGGGGGGGAGGGUACGAGCUCGUUACCACAGGUGGGAUGAAGGUACAGAUUCUUUCAUCGCUCCGGGUCCCCGACAAACGUUUUGCCUGUCACAUGUGCCCCAAUUCAACGUUUUCCCGCCAAGCUGGCCUGCUGGUCCACAUGGCGGUAAAACACCCACAAAGAGUCUUGACCCCCCAGGAGCGGCUGAGGUGCAGUGUAUGUGGGAAGCAGUCUCACCGGGCUUUGUCCGCCUUCAUCCAUCGGGCCUCCCAUCGAGCCAGAGGGUCUUUCUCCUGCCGACGCUGCUCCGCUUGCUUCUGGAAUGCUACACUCCUCCACAGGCAUAAGGUGUCCUGCCGUCUCAGGGCCAAAGGACUGCGGAAAGGAGCCACUAUCAGCCUGAAGCCGGCAAAGAGCGUGGGAGAGAGAGAGAACCAAGAAGGUCAGGGUGAGGUGUCAUCCCUACAGGGAAUGUACAGAUACUGA